GCAAGAUGGCUCCUCAUAUAAAAACAGUCUUCUUGGUCGCCCUCGGCGUGCUACAAAAUAACUCUUUACACCUUAUUAGGUUAAGAUAUUUAUCCUCGAAGAGUUCUGAAGGGUAACUUAAGCUAUAGAUUGAUAUGCGUAUGGUACUUGUCGAUAUUUUCUGGGAGAAGAUAGCGAAGAUACAGCAGGGACAACUUUGAAGCCAUGAAUCGGUGGUGAACUCUCUCCGCUCGGCAGACAGAGUUGGGCGGUCAGAAGCACACAGCCUGGGCCUCAGCUAGCUAGCCGUAGCGGCUAACUAGCUUAUGACUUCAUCCAGCUAACAACGUUACUGUUAUCCGCCGCGUUGGAAACGUUAAACAGCAGAAAAGGAAACGUUUUAAACUACUGGUUGCCUGUUGAAUGUGGGGCGUGAAAGGCCAUACCAUAACGGACCAUGGCUGUAUCAAGACUUGAUCGUUUGUUUAUACUGCUUGACACCGGAACAACACCAGUAACCAGGAAAGCAGCCGCCCAGCAGCUUGGAGAAGUGGUCAAACUCCAUCCACAGGAACUCAAUAGCCUUCUGCUAAAGGUCUUGAUCUACCUAAGGAGUCCGAAUUGGGACACCCGAAUAGCAGCAGGCCAAGCUGUAGAGGCCAUUGUGAAGAAUAUUCCUGAGUGGGACCCGGCGCCGAGGCCCAAAGAAGAGUCUUGUGAAGACUUGUCUCCGGAGGACUCCUCUUGUGACCGCUUGAGUUUCUACCACUUUGACAUCUCCCGCCUCCUCAAACACGGAGCGUCUCUGCUGGGAUCUGCCGGGGCGGAGUUUGAGCUGCAGGAUGACAAAAAUGCUGAGAUGGACCCUAAGGAGCGUCUGGCCCGCCAGAGAAAGCUCCUUCAGAAGAAGUUGGGUAUGGACAUCGGUGCGGCAAUCGGCAUGGACACAGAGGAGCUGUUCAACGACGAGGACCUCGACGACAGCUGCCAGCCCAGUGAGCUCGGAGCGCAAGGAAGCAAAACCACAGCUGGAUCCAGCUGUCACAACCAUGUGGCUGCUGACUUGAUUGACUCGGAGUUCAGGCCAGGCAUGAGCAAUCGUCAGAAGAAUAAGGCUAAGAGGAUGGCCAAGCUGGUGGCCAAACACAGAUCUAGAGACAUGGAUCCCAAUGAAAAGAGUAACGACAGUUUUGAGGGCGAACCCGAUGAGAAACGGCGGAAAACCACCAAUGUAGUUAUUGACCAACAGGCAACAGAAGACAAAAUCGACAACGUUCCAGAUAACUCGGGUCUUUUAGAGGAGAUACAGGAGUGGCCUCUGGAGAGCUUCUGUGAGGAGCUCUGCAACGACCUCUUCAAUCCUUCAUGGGAGAUCCGCCAUGGUGCUGGUACAGGUCUUAGAGAAAUCCUGAAGUCCCAAGGUGCUGGUGGGGGGAAGCUGGUGGGAAGCACUGCAGAGCAGAUGUCGCGGCAGCAUCAGGAGUGGAUAGAGGACCUGGUCAUCCGGCUGCUCUGUGUCUUUGCUCUGGACCGCUUUGGAGAUUUUGUAUCUGAUGAGGUGGUGGCUCCUGUCAGGGAGACGUGUGCCCAGGCCCUCGGUGUGGCCCUCCGGCACAUGAGUGAAACGGGUGUUUCCAUGAUAGUGGACGUGCUGCUGAAGCUGUUAAAAGAAGACCAGUGGGAGGUCCGUCAUGGAGGCCUGCUCGGGAUCAAGUACGCCCUGGCUGUCCGAAAGGACCUGAUCUCCGUUUUGCUGCCCCGGGUGCUCGCUGCCAUCACUGAAGGCCUGCAGGACCUGGAUGAUGACGUCAGGGCCGUGGCAGCCUCCGCCCUCAUCCCUGUGGUGGAAGGCUUGGUGCAGCAGCUGCCUAAUGAGGUACCCUUCAUUGUGAACACACUAUGGGAUGCUCUUUUGGACUUGGAUGACCUCACUUCGUCCACAAACAGCAUCAUGACGUUGCUGUCCUUGCUCCUCACCUAUCCGAGGGUCCGCCAGUGCAGCAUGCAGCAGUCACUAACAAUCCUCGUCCCCCGGGUUUGGCCCUUCUUGAGACACACCAUAUCAUCAGUCAGACGGGCGGCGCUGGAAACCCUUUUCACGCUGCUGUCAAAAGCUGACGAGAGCUGUGCGAUGUGGAUCAAUCCUAUCCUACAAGAUAUGCUGCGGCACAUGUUCCAGUCCUGCAUACUGGAGAGCAAUGAGGAAAUCCUGGAGCUCAUUCAAAAGGUGUGGAUGGAGCUGCUGUCUCAGGCCCCGCAUCAGUUCGUGGUGGCAGCCAGCUGUCCCUGGAUGGGCGCCUGGCUCUGUCUCAUGAUGCAGGCCUCACAAAUUCCCAUAGACGUCAACAUGCUGCUGGAAGUGAAGGCCCGCUCUAAGGAUAAGGCUGGUGCAAAGGGACGUCAGUGUACCAUUCAGGUGAAGGAGACGCUGCAGGAGUAUAUAGCUGGAGCGGAAACGGUGACGGAGGACUCGGUGACGAGGGACUACGUGGUGGUUCGAUCUCGCCUCAUGGCUGCCAGGCUGCUGGGGGCUCUGUGUAGGUGUAUCUGUGACCCUCAGGUCAACGCUGCGUCUCAGGAGAUCCGACCAGCCGAGUCUUUAGGCCAGCUGCUGCUCUUCCACCUCAACUCUAAGUCUGCCCUGCAGCGCAUAGCUGUGUCUCUGGUGCUGUGUGAGUGGGCUGCACUGCAGAAGGACUGUCAGGUGGUGUCACCCAUAGUGCAGCCUCGCCUUCUGGCCAUUCUGUCAGAGCAUCUGUACUACGAUGAGAUCGCCAUCCCCUUCACACGCAUGCAGAAUGAAUGCAAGCAGCUCAUUGCUCUGCUGGCUGACGCAAAUAUAGACCUGCAGGACCGCCUCAACUGCAGCGUGUUCACUAUCGAUCAAGCUAAUGAACUGGUAACCACCAUCUUUACCGAGUCGACAGCGUGUCUGAACGUGAGGUCCAGUCAGUAUCAGGCUCUGGAUGGUAAACGUCAGCAGGCUCAGUCAACAAUGAAUGAGACCAACUUGGAGUGGCAGCAGCUGCAUCUGCGUGUCCACAUGUUCACAGCCUGCGCAGUGAUCAACCUGCAGGUGCUUCCAGAGAAACUCAACCCGCUGGUCAGGCCUCUGAUGGAGACCAUCAAGCGGGAGGAGAACACCCUGAUCCAGGGAUACGCUGCUUCCUUUAUAGCCAAGCUGCUGCAGCAGUGUGCCGGACGCUCGCCUUGCCCCAACCUCAAGAUCAUCAAGAACCUCUGUGCCUCGGCCUGCGUGGACUCCGCCGUCACACCCUCGUCUGCCUGCCCCGUCCCCCCCACCCAGGAAAACGCCAAAGGCAGUGGGUUGGACUGCACACAUCACAUGGUCAACAAAACCCGAGGCAUCAUCACCCUCUACCGCCACCAAAGGGCAGCGUUUGCCAUCACCAGUAAGAGGGGGCCGACCCCUAAAGCCCCAAAGACCCCCACCACGGAGCUUCCUCCUGGCAGCACCAUCAGCUCUGAUAACGAUGAGAGCAAGAAGCCGUUACUCAUUCAGAGACGAGGGGCGGAGUUCUCCCUGACAACUGUUGCCAGGCACUUUGGCUCAAACUUCACCAAGUCUCUGCCGUACCUAUGGGAGAACACUGUGGGACCACUGAGGACAGCAGUGACUGAAAAACAACACAUAGACAGGGAGGUCCAGCUGGAGAGGGGGGACGCUGCCGCUCAGGAACUGGUCAACUCGCUACAGGUGCUGGAAGUCAUGGCGGGGGCCAUGGCUGCUGAACUCAGGCCUUUGCUACUGGAGCACUUGCCCCAUCUGUUCACCUGCCUGCAGCACCCGUACACAGCGGUGCGUCACAUGGCAGCGCGCUGUGUGGGCGUGCUCAGUAAGAUAGCCAUGCUGGAGACCAUGAACGGGUUCCUGGAGUGUGUGCUCCCCUGGCUCGCUGCUAUCGAAGACUGCACCAAACAGGAGGGCGCCAUCGAAGCUUUAGCCUGUGUGAUGGAGCAGCUGGAUGUGGACAUUGUUCCGUACAUUGUGCUUCUCGUAGUGCCCGUGCUGGGUCGUAUGAGUGAUCCCAGUGACAGCAUUCGCUUCAUGGCCACACAGUGCUUUGCUACACUCAUCCGCCUGCUGCCCCUGGAGUCAGGUAUACCCGACCCCCCCGCCAUGUCUGCUGACCUGAUCCGCCAGAAGGCCAGAGAGCGCGACUUCCUGGAGCAACUACUAGAUGGCAGAAAAUUGGAGAACUACAAGAUCCCGGUGCCCAUAAAGGCUGAGCUCAGGAAGUACCAGCAGGACGGAGUGAACUGGCUGUCCUUCCUGAACAAAUACAAGCUCCACGGGAUCCUGUGUGACGACAUGGGCCUCGGCAAGACGCUGCAGUCCAUCUGCAUCCUGGCAGGAGACAACUACCUCAGGGCACAGGAAUAUGCCAAGACUAAAGCAGCAGACAGCAGCCCCAUGCCCUCUCUGGUGGUGUGUCCUCCCACGCUUACGGGCCACUGGGUGGACGAAGUGGGCAAAUUCUGCUCCAAAGAAUACCUCCACCCACUGCACUACACCGGGCCUCCUACAGAGCGGAUGAGGUUGCAGCACCAAGUGAAAAAACACAAUCUUAUAAUAGCCUCUUAUGAUGUUGUACGGAAUGACAUCGACUUUUUUAAAAAUAUCAAAUUCAAUUACUGUAUCCUCGAUGAGGGUCACGUCAUCAAGAACGGCAAGACGAAACUUUCCAAAGCCAUCAAGCAGUUGGCUGCCAACUUCCGCGUCAUCCUGUCAGGAACGCCAAUUCAGAACAAUGUCCUGGAGCUCUGGUCAUUGUUUGACUUCCUCAUGCCGGGCUUCCUCGGAACAGAGCGUCAGUUUGCAGCUCGCUACGGUAAACCAAUCCUGGCCAGUCGCGACGCCAAAAGCUCCUCACGGGAACAGGAGGCAGGUGUCCUGGCGAUGGAGGCCCUACAUCGACAGGUGCUGCCCUUCCUUCUGAGGAGGAUGAAGGAGGACGUCCUCCAGGACCUGCCUCCUAAAAUAAUCCAGGACUAUUACUGCAAUUUAAGUCCUCUCCAGGUUCAGCUGUAUGAAGACUUUGCAAAGUCUCGGGCCAAGGCCAGUGUGGAGGACAGCAUCUCCAGCACCUCCACAGAAGAGGAGGAGGAGAAGCCCAAACUGAAGGCCACUGGCCAUGUCUUCCAGGCGCUGCAGUAUCUGCGGAAGCUGUGCAACCACCCGAGUCUGGUGUUAACCCCGCAGCAUCCGGAAUACAAACGCAUCUCGGAGCAGCUGAUUGGUCAGAACUCCAACCUGCGGGACCUGCAGCACGCACCCAAACUCUCCGCUCUCAAACAGCUGCUGUUGGACUGUGGCCUCGGAGGGGGUGGAGGAUCGGAGGGGGGCACUGAGGCGGUGGUGGCCCAGCAUCGAGUGCUUAUCUUCUGUCAGCUCAAGAGCAUGCUGGACAUCGUGGAGAACGACCUGCUGAAAGCCAAACUGCCCUCCGUCGCGUACCUGAGGUUGGACGGCAGCGUGCCGGCUGGCCAGCGCCACUCCAUCGUCUCCAGGUUCAACAAUGACCCCUCCAUCGACGUGCUGCUGCUGACCACCCAUGUUGGGGGUCUGGGUCUGAACCUGACGGGGGCAGACACGGUGGUGUUUGUGGAGCAUGACUGGAACCCCAUGAGGGACCUGCAGGCCAUGGACCGUGCCCAUAGGAUAGGACAGAAACGGGUGGUGAACGUGUACAGGCUGAUCACACGGGGCACACUGGAGGAGAAGAUCAUGGGUCUGCAGAAAUUCAAGAUGAGCAUCGCCAGCACCGUCAUCACCCAGGACAACGCCUGCAUGCAGAGCAUGGGCACCGACCAGGUGCUCAACCUGUUCAGCCUCGACAAGGGUGAGAGGGGGGAGCAGACGGCCUCCUCCUCAGGGAAGGACUCCAUGAAGUCGGUGCUGGACGGGCUGGGUGAGCUGUGGGACCAGCAGCAGUACGACACCGAGUACAACCUGGACAGCUUCAUGACCUCCCUGCAGUAGCCCCGCCCACUGUCUGCUGGCAUAGCAGGACCUGGUCAGAGCCGAGGAGACCCCCCCCCCAAAACACCCAACCCAAAUUCACUGAUAGCUAAUGGUUACACAUGCCCCAAAGCAAUGAAUAAACUCAACCAAAAUAGGAACUCAAUUUGUAUUUAAGCGCUUAUGUAAAAUAAAAAGAAUAAUAAUUCUGAUGUUUCUAAUCAUGGUCAGACAUCCCAGAUUUUCCACAAGCCGUCUUUAGAGAAUAUAUUGGUAUGAUCCAGGCUGCACGAACACUGUUGGUUGAAGUCAUCUCCGUUAGCAGCAGCACUGUACAGUGAGGUCGCUGCUCCAGGUGAUUCAUCCCCCUUCUCCCACGUCACAUUGCCAGAGUAAACAGUGUUAUUGGCUUCAGACAUUAUUACCCAGCAGCCCCUCCCUCCCACACCCCCAUCACAAGGUCUUAAAAAGCACUGCGAUACCCAGAAUCCCCUUCCGACGCCUCUGUCAUACAAAACACACGUUUGUAUCCAUCAGUCGAAGGGAAAUGAAAAUGACCUGGGACAGCACGGCACUUGAAGCAGCAUUACAGACACUGAGGGCGGGGCCAGGAUAAAACUGGAAACUUCCUGAAACCUGUCACCAGUAUUUUAAAAGAAACUUGUACAUAUUUCUGUAACUGCUGCUUUUUGUUUAUGAUCGUGGAAUUGUAAUAAAUUCUACAGACCUUUUGAACUA